AUGACAUCGAAAGUAACAACCAUGAAUAUUCAAUCUCUUUUUGGCGUGGCGGGCAAAGUUGUGUUAGUGACGGGUGGAUCGCGUGGUAUCGGCCUAAUGAUCGCGCGAGGAUACGUCGAGAAUGGGGCAAAGGUCUACAUUUCUUCGCGAUCAGAGAAGGAUUGUGAUCGGGCAGCAAAAGAAUUGACAAAACUAGGUCCAGGAGAGGCGGUCAGCAUUCCAGCAGACCUACAAAAACUUUCAGAAGUAAAACGAUUGGGAUCGGAACUGAAGCAACGUGAAGAAAAGUUACAUGUGUUAAUCAAUAACGCUGGGGCUACCUGGGGUGCUAAAUUUGAUGAGUAUCCGGAUGAAGCGUUCGAAAAAAUCAUCAAUUUGAAUCUAAAACGCGUAUUCAGUCUAACGCAAGAAUUACUUCCACUACUGGAAAAAUCUGCCACACCAUUAGAUCCAGCACGCGUGAUCAACAUCGGAUCAGUAGAUGGAAUCAAGGUUCCGUUAUUAGAAACCUACGCUUAUUCCGCAUCAAAAGCCGCAUUACACCAUUUGACGCGCGUGUUUGCUGGUCAACUCACCGCGCCUCGACUGGUAACAUUCAACGCAAUCGCUCCAGGACCAUUCGACACAAAAAUGAUGGCGCACACGCUGAAAACAAUAGGCGAUGUUAUCAAGGAUAAUAAUCCGUUAAAGAGGAUCGGGUCACCUGAGGAUAUUGCUGGCACUUGUAUUUAUUUGUCGUCGCGUGCUGGGGCUUAUACAAAUGGUGCUUUGAUUGUGGUGGAUGGUGGAACAGUUGUGAGUCCACCACGUUCAGUGUUGUGA